AGUGAGAAAAAGAAAGGGAUUGCUGUGAAACCCUAGAGUGGAUCAGUUCGAUCGAAGCGGAGACGAUGAAGGGAUCGAAGCGGACGGUGAGGGCAGUGAUGGCGUGGGUGCAGCGGCAGCCGCCCAAGGUGAAGGCUUUCCUCGCUGUGGUGAUGGGAAUGGCGGCUCUAGUGCUCAUCCGUUUCAUCAUCCAUGAUCACGAUAACCUCUUUGUCGCCGCUGAGGCUUGCCACGCCAUUGGGAUCUCUGUUCUCAUCUAUAAGCUCACCAAGGAGCGGACUUGUGCUGGACUCUCACUCAAGUCUCAAGAGCUAACUGCUCUAUUUCUAGCAGUUAGAUUGUACUGCAGUUUUGUUAUAGAAUACGACAUACAUACACUGCUGGACUCUGCUUCUCUAGUGACUACUUUGUGGGUUAUUUAUAUGAUAAGAUUUAAAUUGAGGUCCAGUUACAUGGAAGAUAAGGACAACAUUCCCAUAUACUACGUGGUUGUGCCUUGUGCUAUAUUUGCCCUUGUUGUCCAUCCUUCCACGACCUUGUAUAAACUUGUGAGCCGAAUUUUAUGGGCCUUCUGUGUUUAUUUGGAAUCUGUUUCAGUGCUGCCCCAGUUGCACCUAAUGCAGAACACAAAGAUUGUUGAACCAUUCACAGCUCACUAUGUAUUUGCUCUUGGGGUUGCAAGGUUUUUGAGUUGUGCACACUGGGUCCUUCAGGUCUUAGAUACCCGGGGUGUUCUGUUGACGGCUUUAGGCCACGGAUUGUGGCCUUCAAUGGUUAUUCUUUCAGAAAUAGUCCAAACAUUCAUCCUUGCCGACUUCUGUUACUAUUAUAUUAAGAGUCUUGUCGGCGGUCAACUCGUGCUGCGACUUCCGGCCGGAGUUGUCUAAUGCUGAAGCAUUAGAUACACAUCUUGAUUUUAGAUGGUCAAGAAGCAAAUCUGGAUAAUGUACAUUCUUGUCCAGUUUUAUUUCCUGAACUUCAUAGAAAUGUAAUGUGUCUUGAAUUGCAGACUGUGAAAGUAAAUUAACAGAUACUUUUUGGUAUUUCUUCUAA